AUGAACGUUUUAGCUUGGAAGAUAUGGCCGAAGAGGAGUGCUCUGUUGAAAUGCGUUUCAAAAAGCAGGACAUAUACAAUCUUGUGCAAGCCCUUUCAACUGCCAGAAGUUUAUCGAUGCUACAAUGGUGUCAUUGUUGGCCCCGUUGAAGCGCUUUGUGUCUGCUUGAAGCGUUUCACGUAUCGCUGCCGGUAUGCGGAUUUAGUCCCAAGAUUCGGAAGGCCUGUUCCGCAACUAUGCAUGAUCUUCAACUUGGUGGUUGAGGAUAUAUAUGACAGGUUUUUUAAUCUACUGAACGACCUGAACCAGCCAUGGCUCUCAAGAGAGAAUCUCCAGUCAUUUGCUGAUGCAAUACACAACAAAGGUGCUGCAUUGGACAACUGCUGGGGAUUUGUUGAUGGCACUGUCAGGCCUAUAUGCAGGCCAACCAGGAAUCAAAGAGCUGUCUACAAUGGGCACAAAAGGGUUCAUGCACUCAAGUUUCAGUCAGUUGUUGCUCCAAAUGGUAUGAUUGCAAACCUUUUUGGGCCCGUUGAAGGUAGAAGACAUGACAGCAGACUGCUUGUAAUGUCUGGUCUACUGGAGCAAUUAGAACAGCACUCGUUUUCCCCAGAUGGUGCAACUCUUUGCAUCUAUGGUGACCCUGCAUACCCGCAUCGUGUUCACCUCCAGCGCCCGUUUGCAAGAAGAGCAGCUCUCACACCUGACGAGCUUGCUUUUAAUCAAUCAAUGAGUCAUGUCAGAAUUUCUGUUGAGUGGGUGUUUGGAGACAUCAUCAACUCCUUCAAGUUUGUGGAUUUCAAGAAAAAUCUCAAGAUUGGCCUCAGUUCUGUUGGGAAAUUUUAUGCUGUCAGUGCAUUGUUAAGAAAUGCUUUAACCUGCUUGUAUGGCAACAGCACUGCAAAAUUCUUUUUAGCCCCCAACACUAAAUGA